AACUCGAAGUUGAACAACCCAUUUAAAAAGGGUAUUUUGUAAUUAUAGAUUGACCAAGAUUCUAAUAGGAUAAUCCUAAAGGACUCCCUAGUAGGGAUGGGCCAAAAUUUUGCCAUGAUAACCACAAAAAAAAAAGAAAAAUGCUGAGAUUGAGCACCAUCUUUCUCGUCUGUGCUCUAGCAUUACAUCCACUUUAUGUCUAUGGAGAUGACGAAAAGCAAAGCUGCCGACCUCAUCAAUUAUGGGACAGAUGUGGAACUGCCUGUCCCUUGAAUUGUCAGAACUUUAGAAAUCCACCCGAGGUCUGCACGAAAAACUGCGUGUCUGGGUGUUUCUGCAAGGAACCUUAUGUCUUUCUACGUGGCACAUCUGGUCUCUGUAUUCUGCCCAGGCAAUGCCCUCCUUAUAAAGAAUAAGGAAAACUCCAGAAGUGCAUAUGUGGCUCUUUAUCAUUAAAAUCUGUUGGUUUAUCAUCUUCACUGUGCUGGACAAAUCUUACCAAAUGUAAAAUGUAAAACGUUUAAUAUGAAACAUCCAUCCUUCCCAGUGAAUGAGUAAAUUUAACACAAAAAAUUA